UGGAUCCCACAAUGAAGGAUACACCCUCCUGGUGACUGAUAAGGCGCUCACCAGUUGAUUGCUUCAGUUUCCAAUUGAUGUCCAGCUGAGUAGCGCCUGAAAUUAACAACGCCCAUGGCUCAUGGUUGUACCAGUACACAUCAGUGACCAGUGAGUGAUUCAGUGUCAGCAAUUGCAUGUGGCUCUAAAAUUAAUUAAAGGGAAAAAAAAAAGAUAGAGAAUUGAGUGUUUGAUGCAGUCUACAGUGCCAAUGUCUUUCUACGUUCUAACUACAAGCUAACUUUCAACUACGUGAUCUGUACGGACUAUUGCCUGUUUUACUCUUCAGUAGCUGUUUCAGGGAUUUUUGAGCUUUGAUCUUGCUGUGACAUUUGCUAAUACGACGUUUCUUGUUUCUUACCUCCAUAAAGUAUUCUCUCUCCUAUCUCUGCAUGUGAUUGCGUGGCUGACGGGUUGGCAUUUUUGUAAAGAAAAACACUUCUUUCACUUUACCCAGAUUAAAAAGGAUGGUUAAAAAGAAGAUUAAAUUUGAGUGGGUGGUUGUCGUCAAUUUCUCUCUGAGUCAUUCCAUUCGACAAUCGACACAUUUCCAAAAGCCCAGUUGGCCCCAACGUUUGCUUCUCGUCGUCAGCACCGCCAUCUAACAUCAUUUUAUCAAUCAUUCAAUAGUUUCCUUUGAAAUUUGAUGGCUCAGAAUUGACAGGCGAAGGAGUGAAGUUGGUAAGGAUGUCAUGCCAUCAUCUUCACCCUAGAGGGAAGACAUUAGAAGGUUCUCUCAAUCCGGAAAUGGAAAAGGUCUCUGACCCUCUGUAAUUCUUUUCGGAAGAUACAAUGGGGAGUCGGCAGGUGGAUGUUCAUUAUGUAAAUGCGGCCAUCUCUGGCAUAAUUGAAGAGAAUUUCGAAGGAUAUUAUUACCUUGAAAACAGCGGUCUCUCUCUAGAAGAGGUUUUAGAUCAGGAGACUGUCUACCAGUCACUCCUAACAAAUACUAGGAACGACAACGCAAAUGCUUCUGCAAGUACUGAUUCUGAGCUGAGUCAUGAUCAAAGGGUUGGGGAAACCUCUCAUGCUGACAAUGUCGAGUCACAAUUACAGAUGGAUGAAGCUUUAGCUAGAAACUUGCAAGCGUUGGAGGAGCAACGGGUUCCUGGUGCUUUUGUUGCUGAAACUACUGCAACUGAAACCGUCAAUGGAGAAGGAACUCCUGAGGCAGCCUCUACUGCACUGGUUGUGAGGCAACAUGAUAUUGAUCCAGAUAAUCUGACAUUUGAGGAAUUGGAAUUUCUAGAAGAAGCAAUUGGCAAUGAGAGUAAAGGAUUAUCAGAAGAGCUUAUUAGCUACUUGCCAUCAUUCAAGUACAAAACAGGCUUUUUCUCAAGAAAAGACAAGCAUGAAGAGUGCGUGAUCUGUUGUAUGGAAUACAAAAACCGAGAUAAGUUGACCACUUUGCCAUGCCAGCACAACUAUCAUUCAAAGUGCAUCACACAGUGGUUGAAGAUGAACAAAGCAUGUCCAGUGUGCAAGGACGAAGUAUUUGGGUGAAAGCUUACAAAGGGAAUGAAGUAACUGUUUAGUUAGUGGUUCCUGGGGAUUGAAUUUUGUAUGGAAAAGAGGUAGGUUAUCCUUGUUGUCCAAAUUAUCUUCCAAGAGAUGGACCAGAUUAUCCAAUUGUAGUUCAACAUAAUGUAAAUGGAUACAGGUCUUACUUCUUGGGGUGAGUGGGACCUGCUCCAGGAAUGAUCUGUGCACAGCUCUUGGUUGAAGUGGAUAUUAUCUAUGUAGCUUAUUGUCUGAAAACAUGUUAAUUGUGCAUCUCUACCUGCUAAUGAAGAAUCAAUAUUUUCUUUUUAGUA